ACACACCGUCUGUGUGGGACAAAACUGAAGUUUAAACUCAACAUGUCUGGAUGUUUGUAUGGCAUUUAAUGUGUUUGAUUAACAAACACUUCCAGUGUGUAACUAUAUCUUGAUCUAGCUGUUGGUGCGUUCUCAUGCGUCGUUGCGGAAGUUAAAGCGGGAACUCUACUCUCCUUUAAGUCAUCGCUGUCUAUUGUCUGGGCGCUGCAGCAAUGAGAUUUAUCGUCCUUUUCCUGUUGUUUCAAGGGCUGCAGGUUAAAGUUCUUGGUCAGUUCAGCUCCACAACCACAGUCAUUGGGUACGUAGGUGAAACCAUUACCUUGCCAGCCAAAGCCUUCAAAUCAUGGACUCUGGCUAGAAUUGACUGGUCAAUAUUGCACAACUUCACCUGGAUUGCAACAUGGGACCAAGAAGGUGUAAAUACUGAACGUCGCCCAGAAUACAGAGGGAGGCUCUCACUUAACACGACAACAGGGGAUUUAACGAUGCGAGAUCUUAGGUUACGUGAUGCCAUGCAUUACAAUGUGGACCUCCUCAACAGUUCAAAUUACAACCAAGUAAACCGGGUCUAUCUAGUAGUGAAAGAACGCCUCAAGAAACCGACCAUACAGCUCAACCAAUAUUUCACAAAAAGCGAAAAUGGCUGUGUUUUGGUGCUCAACUGUUCUUCUCCUGUUACCGGCGUUGCCUUCUACUGGGAGAUCGAGCCUUCGUGUGAUCACUGCAGCAACAAUUCUUCAAGUGACACUUCAGAGCUUAUCGCCUUUUUCUCAACAAAACCAGACUCUGUAAAUCUCACCUGCAUUGUCAAGCGCGAAACGGACACCGAAUCAAACAAUUUGAUCUCUAAGAUUAAAGUACCAAUGGUCGAAGUCAAAUCCGAUUGUGGCUACAUGUUCGCUUGUGGAUUCAUCACUGCAUUUCUGAUUGGGAUGGUGGGGAUUUUACUUUACCAGUUUAGAGGUAAGAUAAUCGAAAUAUUCCAGCAGCAUGUAGGACCAGGUAAUUUGCACCAGACGGGACCCAAAGUUCAGCCGGAGAGUGUGACUUUCUGAAAAUAAAAGUCCUAAAUUUGACAUGGUUGUUUUAAAAGGAGUAGAGUGCUGUUCGGCUGUUUAAACAAAACAAAACAAAACAAAUAAAAGAUCUAUUUUAAUAUUUCUUUUUAAAUGUUAACUAUAGCAAAGAAACAAUGGUUGAGAUGAACAGUAGUGAAAACCUUUUACCAGAAUAACAUAAUCACUCAAACUGUAACAUUCCGUCAGUCCAUUCAUCUUUGGUCGGAUAUCUGAGUUUCAGAUAUUCUAAAAUAUUCAUUUCACAUGUCUGGUCUACAUUAUCAUGCCUGAUUUCUCAUGUUUUUUUUUUAUAUUGAGCUUUUUUGAAUUGAGAAACUGCUGUGUUUUUAUGGUCUCAGGGAAUAAAUUUUAUCUACCCUACUUACUGUCACCACUUGAUGAAAUAAAACAUUUAUUGCACCCAAAUGAUGCAGUAUGGAGAAGUCACAUAUUUGCAUAUUAAGUUAGCACUACCCUGGGCUGGCCCACGGUUGUAUGAGCACAUAUGCAGUAUUUGAUGUGGGGCUCCACUUCUUCAUAAUGUCCCGCAGCACUAGCUGUGUUUCAGUUCAGAUUUGCUGGAAUCUGCCAGAGAGGGCCGAGUUUAAUUGGUUGACCAUAAAGGUAAUCAAUGGUUGUUGCUUGUUGGUUGUAGCUCUGAUGGAUUUGAACAUACACAAAAAUUUUAUUUAUCAGAUUUUAACUUGAACACAGCAGCAAGACAAGACUUGACUUUCACUCAGGUUAUGCGUUCUUCAUGACUUCUGCUGCUAAUACUUUUCAUAUUCCUUUUUCUAUUACAUUUCUAUUGUAACAUUUUUCAAUGUCUCUAGAUCCAUCAAGAUUCCUCUUAUUGUCGCAUUUUUAUAUGAGAAUAGAGAGAGAGAAAGAGAGAGAGAGAGAUGCUGAUUUGGCCUGGCCAAAGUUCCAUUGGAUAAUUCCAAUGGAAAGUGCGACUGAUG